AUGAGGCGGAAUCGCUCCCCGACUUCGCCCUCCUACCGCGCCCUCGCCCAUGGUGCGGGCGCCGGCGCUGUGCCAGAUUCCAUCUCCCUCCUCAGGUCCUUCAAUGUCGACACGAACCCUACUCGGCCCAUGCGGCCCUCUCCCCUGACCGCAUCCACCAUACGCGAUAUGCCACUCGACUUGGUCGACCGCAUCAGAUCUUUCCCCCUCUUCGUGUCGGCACCCGAUGAAUUCCUGGCCGCAAUUGGGAACCACCUUAGACCACAGGUCCACGCCGCCCAGGAUCAUAUCCUGACUGAGGGAGACGAUGCCCGCGCAAUGUACUGGCUGGUGCGCGGCGUCGUCGCCGUCACGUCGCGCGAUGGUGAAGCCAUCUACGCCGAGCUUAAACCCGGUGCCUUUUUCGGAGAGAUUGGCGUCUUGAUGGACGUCCCCCGCACGGCGACUAUUGUCGCCCGCACCAAGUGUUUGCUCGUCGUGCUCAAGAAAGAGGACCUCCAGGCCGAGCUUCCCAAGUUCCCUGAUAUGGAGAGGGCCAUUCGCCACGAGGCCCAAGAACGACUCAACAUUCUCAAGAAGAAGCGCCAGGAAGGAGGUCACGCCAUCAAGCCGCCCUCGACCCUAGUCAACGGCGUCAGAGAGCCCGCGCCCGGAGAGGUGUCCACGGGCGAGAUGGGUACCAUCAGAGAAGGAGCAGUCGUCAACUCAAAGAAGCGGAAAUCACCGAGUCCAGGCGCCAUUGAGGACCCUGCCGCAGGUAGUGCUCUCGGCAGCGGCAUCGUCAAUGUACGGAGGACAUUGAGGGAGCUGCCUCUGUUCUCGACGCUACCUCCAGAUAUCCUCCACCAGGUGGGGCUGAGUGCCCAGCCGAAAACGUACUCGCCCUUCACAGACAUCGUCCAGCAGGGGUCGGCAGGCAACGAAAUCUUCUUCAUCGUCCGCGGCGAGGCCGAAGUCAUACACGAGACGCAGGACGCUCAUGAGCCGUUCAAAAAGACGGCCCGUGCAACUUAUCUACGUCCGAGGCUCAAGGCCGGCCAAUACUUUGGAGAGGUGGCCAGUCUCGGGCUGUCGGAAGGCCGGACGGCCACCGUGCGUGCCAUCACCACGGUAGAAUGUCUGGUGAUACCCGGCGACGCGCUAGAUACGCUGUGGAGCCGGUGUCCGCCAGACAUCAAGUUACAAGUGGAGGAGACGGCACGCAAGAGGUAUAAGACGUCGGACGAGGAUGUAGAAAUGGUGGAUGCGGCGAUUGCGGGUCAGCGCACCAGCAAGUCGGACCCUCCGACGCCGACGACACCUAAGCCUCUGCCGCACAUGACCUUUACGACCCCGUCGAAACCCGCUUCUCCCAGCAAAGACGACGGCGACAACAUGGAGCCCAAGGAUCCGGACCCCUUCCUGAGCGUCGACAUGGAAAACAUGCGCAACAGAAGACGCAAUUCCUUGGCCCCGCCCACGCCACAAUCCGACAACUCGUCGCCGAUCGCGCUGAACGGGUUCAGAACACACCAUGUCGAGUCGACACCCCUCCGCUUCUCCAUCCCCCAAUCCCCUCCCGACUCGGAGGCGCCCGUCAAGCGAGCUCGAACGCUGCCGCGCCGGCCCUACCCAGCCCUGGUCCCUGCUCUUCCCGACGACAUGCUGGUCGCCGUCUUCCGGUACUUGGACAUUGCCGAACUGAUGCGGGCACGGCUUGUUUCUCACCACUGGCGCAAGCUGUUGACUACACAUCCCCGAGUGUGCCUGGAUCUGGACCUAUCGCAGCACAACAGGAGAGUCACGGACCUGGCCAUCAGGACGGUGAUUGGCCCUUUCGCCGGCACGCGUCCCGAGACCAUUGAUAUCAGCAAUUGUUUCCACAUCACGGACGACGGCUUCCGUAGCCUAUGGGAAACGUGCGGGCGAAACGUCAAGCGGUGGCGCAUGCGAUCGGUGUGGGACGUGUCCGCGAACCAGAUCCUGGACAUGGCGGAGAACGCCAAAGGCCUCGAGGAGAUCGACUGGAGCAACUGCCGCAAAGUUGGGGACAACCUUCUCGCGCGCGUUGUCGGGUGGGUGGUGCCCGAGCCUCCGCCGCCCAGCAAGCAAGUGGUGAUCUCUAGCUCGACUACCAAGUCGAAGCCUCAGAAGGCCGCCGCGACGCAGCAGCAAGCGCAGCAGGCCGCUCAGCACCGGGCAGCCAACAUUCCCAAGCCUGGCACCAUCAUUGGGUGUCCGGCCCUGAAGCACCUUAACUUGUCGUACUGCAAGCACAUCACAGACAGGUCAAUGGCGCAUCUCGCGGGGCAUGCGUCAAACCGCCUCGAAUCGCUAUCCCUGACGCGCUGCACAUCCAUCACGGACGCGGGCUUCCAGUCGUGGGUGCCUUACCCUUUCCGAAACCUGUCGCAUCUGUGCCUGGCCGACUGCACCUACCUCACCGAUAACGCCAUUGUCUCUCUCGUUGGCGCGGCCAAGAACCUGACACACCUCGACUUGUCCUUCUGCUGCGCCCUUUCCGACACGGCAACGGAAGUCGUCGCACUCGGUCUACCGCAGCUGCGGGAACUCCGUCUCGCUUUCUGUGGCAGCGCCGUCUCGGACGCGAGCCUGCAAUGCGUGGCCUUGCACCUGAACGAACUCGAGGGCAUCUCGGUUCGGGGCUGCGUCCGAGUCACAGGCGGCGGCGUCGAGACCCUGCUCGAGGGAUGCGGUCGGCUGCAAUGGGUCGACGUGAGCCAGUGCCGGAACCUCGAGAAGUGGAUCAGGAGCGGAGGCGUCAUGCGAUGGGGUUUCGACGAGCGCGGCGGCAACGGUAUGUCGCCUGGGCAGGUGCCUCUGCCGCUGCCCAACCCAUCGCCCACGACGAACCACGUCGGCUUAGGCGGACGACCGCUGAGCUUCCGUCGGAGAACAAGAAAGCCCGUGCGGUUCAUUGUGGAGAAGGGUGCUUUUGGCCUCCGGUGA